AAAUUAAUGGAGGAUGACACCAUUUUUUGCUGGGAGAUUUUUCUCAAGGACUGUGAAGAUGGCAAGACAAAAACUUCCCUUAAUGACAUCCUGGCAUUCAUCAGUGGAGAUGAUGUCAUCCCACCAAUGGGAUUUGAAGACAGCAUCGAUGUCGAAUUUUUUACACCAAAUCCGGAUGCUAUAGCCUAUCCCACAGCAUCAACAUGUGCUCUAGAACUGCACAUGCCACGUGGGAUGGAGGAUCCAGUAGAUUUCAGAAAUUUGUUUGAAGAAGCCAUCCUUAAUGGCAAAGGCUUAUGGUAA